AAAAAAAAACCACGAAAAAAAAAUAAGCGAACAACAAAGCCUAAAUUUCUUUCACUGAUUUUUUUUUCUUAUUAAUUUAUUUUCUUCAUCAUUAUAAUUAAUUUAUAUAAAUGUCCACCACUACUACUCAACAUAGAGUCUUGUUGCUCGGAUCUGGAUUUGUUGCCGGAACCACUCUUGAAUCACUCACUCGUGAUGGUACUAAUACUUUUGUUACUGUAGCUUCUCGUACCUUGAGCAAGUCUAUUGAAAUGUGUAAGGAGUAUGCUCAUGAUUAUGAGAAUAGAACUGCUCAAGUUGCUUUGGAUAUUGAAAAUGAACAUGAUAAAUUGUCUGAAUUGGUUAGUCAACAUGAUUUGGCCAUUUCCUUGGUUCCAUACACUUAUCACGUCUUGGUUGCCAAGGCCUGUAUUCAACACAGAAAGAAUAUGGUCACUACAAGUUAUAUUUCACCUGCUUUGCGUGAAUUAGAUCAACAAUUCAAGGAUUUGGGAAUUGCUUCAAUGAACGAAAUUGGUGUUGAUCCUGGUAUUGAUCACAUGAUUGCUACCAAGAUUAUUCACGAAGAACAAGAUUUGAAGGGAGGAAAGAUUAAGAGCUUCUACAGUUGGUGUGGUGGUUUGCCUCAUCCAGAUCACAUUGAUAAUCCAAUGAAGUAUAAAUUCUCUUGGUCUCCUCGUGGUGUCUUGAUGGCUUUGCAAAAUACUGCCAAGUGGAUUGAAGGUGGUGAAAUUAGAGUUGUUGAACCAUCAAAGCUUUUGGCUUCUAGAAGAGAAUUGAACUUGGCUAAGGAUAUGCCAUUGUUUGAAGGUUAUCCAAAUCGUGAUUCUACUCCAUUCAAGGAACAUUAUAAUUUGAAAUAUGCUGAUGAUGUUUUGAGAGGAACUUUGAGAUUCAAGGGUAACUGUGAAGUUGUUGAAUUUUUCAUUGGAGCUGGUUUGGUUGACUUGACUCCAAGACCUGAUAUUAAGGAUAAGCAAUGGAGAGAAAUCAUGAAGGAACUCCUCGGAGCUGAAAGUGUUGAAGAAUCCGCUCUCAGUGCUGCUCUCUUGAAGAAAUUGAAUUUGGAACCAGAAUCUGAAAAGGCCAAGAGUGCCACUCAUGCAUUCCAAUUCUAUGGUUUGUUCAGUGAAAAGGUUGCUCCAUUCAAGGGUACCUUGUUGGAUACCUUCUCUCAAACCUUGUUGGAACAAAUGGAAUACAAGCCAGGAGAAAGAGAUAUGCUCUUCAUGUGUAAUACCUUUGUUAUUGAAACUGCUGAAGGUAAGAAGAAGACCAUUGUUGCCAAAUUGGUCGAUUUUGGUGAUGAAAGAGGUAUGUCAAUGGCCAAGACUGUUGGUUAUCCAUGUGCUGUUGCUACAAAGAAGAUUUUGAACGGAGAAAUUACUACCAAGGGUGUCUUUGGUCCAUACGAAUAUAACAUGAACGAAUCAAUCAUGAAGGAAUUGAAGGAAGUUGAACGUAUUCAUGUUGAUUAUGAAGUUUCUGAAGAACAAUAAACUGUUUUAAUUUC